GAACGAGCCGUUCAUGGAGUUGGCCGCUUUCUUCCAACACCAGCUACUACCAGUACACCUCUGAUUCCACCGCCCCGGCAAUGACCUCUGACCCCCUUCCGGAAACCAAGCAUGCCCAGGAAACCCAGAAUGUUCUAGAAACUAAGAACCACCACGUCAGCGUCCCAAAGAAGGAGCUGUUCUCAGAGCUGCCAGAUAACCAGCUGAACCAAUAUGCCCCGGUGUUCACAGUAAAGCGUGUGGAGUCUGGAGGCUCUCUGAUCUUCAGCUGUAUCAUUGCCACCAAGACGGAGCUCUGGGACAUAGGAGACGUCUUUACCGAGGCGACAAGGAGCGGUCCUUCCUCUGACGUCGUCACCACCUCGGAGAACAAGAUGUCUGCCGCUAGUCUCCAGUGUCGGAGUGUAGAGAUCUCUAAUAAUACGACCCUCCAACCCCCAGCUCCAUCCAUCCACAGCCUACAGAUCAAAGAGGGACAUGUGACGGGGGAGGUUCAGGAAGAUAUCAACAAUAUCAGUCUGACUCCAGAACUCCAGAGAUUCCAGAACUGUUGUUCCUUGGUUACCCCAGGCAACCAGUGUCUGAACAUUCCAGAGUUCCAGAUCCGUAAGUUUGAGGAGAUGGCGGUGGUGGUGAGUCACGUGGUGCAUCCUGGGAACUUCUACAUCCAACAGGUCGACGCCACCCUCCAGCUGGAGGACCUCAACACUGAUAGUUUAGCAGAGCUGAAGUGCACUCCAGACAUCGGGACCUACGUCAUGGCUUGGUUCCCCCAACAGGAGAGGUGGUGUCGGGCACAGGUGGCCAAGAUAUGUGGCAUGAGUGGAGACAUCAAUGAGGUGGAGGUGAGGAGACUGGACUACGGAGACACUUCCUGUCUGUCUCUAUGUAACAUCAAGGAACUCAGUGCUGAGAUGACAUCACUUCCUCUACAGGCCAUACAGGUCUCCCUGGCUCAUGUACGCCCAGUGGACGUGUGUGGCUGGACCCAACAGGCAAUAUAUUGGUUCAGAGACAUGGUGGGCAACAGGACGCUGUACGCACGGCUCUACCCUCAGGGAGAGAGACACAGCCCCAAGGUGGAACUCUUCAUGGAGAAAGGAAAACUGGGGUCCAUGAGGAGAGGAGCCUCUCUGUCUCUGAGACUGGCUCAGAAUGGACAUGCAAAACAUGACAAGCUGAGGAGCCUGGGAAUCAAGAGAAGUAGUGCGCAGGAGCGAACCAAGAAAUGUCAAUCUGCCUGGAACAAGUACCUUAUUUCCUGUUACACCCAGAAUAAGAAGUAAUCUGAUAAAGGUGUUGUAGUUCAUUCUCCCUCUCCCCUACCUGAGCCACCUGCCUCCAUCACAUUAACCAGCCUUGAUACAGGUUGUCACUAUGUGACCAAAUUGGAAGCCCCGCCUUGUUCUAAAACGUUCUGCCAUUGUAAUCCUUUGGGCGGGCAGUGGCAUCUUUUUUUACUUUUGACUAUUUUCUAUGUUGUAAAAUAAUAGUCAAGACAU